AUGGGGCCUGGAGGGGGAGAGGAGGACGAGGGUGUCCCGGGGUGUGAGGAGGGUGAGGGGGCUGUCUACGAGUGCCUGGGGGUGGGGGGGGAGGAUGGCCCGGUGCCCCCCGCACCCGCCAGCACCCAGGUGUCCCCCCCACGCGCCGUGCACGGGACGGCCGAUUACGCCUGUGUCCGGAAGGUGAAGAAGGGGAUGCCCGUGGAGGUGCAGGAUGGGGCUGUGACGGGGCCCCCCGCAGCCCCGCAGUGCUGGGAGGGGGCGGGCGAUGCCCCCCGGGUGAAGCUGGAAGAGAUGUACUCAACGGUGUGCAAAGCCACCAAGAAGAAAACCCAAGUCCCUGCAUCGUCCCCCAGGGCCGCGAGGGAGGUGGGUGCCAGGCGGCCGCCCCCCCGCCGGGAGGAGGGUGCUCUGGCUGGGUGCUGGCCCCCAGCAGCCCAAGGCCCCCCAGACCCCUGCUACGAGUCCAUCAACGACAGAGCCUGGACUGCUCAGGGCCGCAGCCCCGACCCGGACUACGAGGCCGUAGACGUUAACUGGAAGAAGGCGGCGAAACGGGACAGGCCGGGGAAGGCGGGUGCCCCCGAGAACCUCUACGAAAGCGUCGGUGACGUCUGGGCGGGGGGGUCCCGGCGAACCUCUGCCAGGACGGCGGCCAACGGCCUGGAGGUGUACAUCACCAACCUCUAGCAGCCCCGGGGAGCUGGGCGGGGGUUCCCUGCAAGCGCUUUCUGUAUAUAUGUUGUUACUUUUCUUUAAGUGUCCUUGUCCCCCGUGCCCCCGAGAGGGGCAGUUUGUGGGUGCUGGGUGCCACGGGGGAGCCCAGUGGGACUGGACUGGCGCUGCCACCAAGAUGGGAGAACCAGGUUGGGACUGGUCGUGUUUUGGGGCACCCCCGUGGCUCUAGGGUGCAGGAUCAGGCCCGUCGCCAGCAGGACUGUGCCGUGAGCGAGGGUCUCCGUCCUCCUGCCUCUGCCUGGGGGAGCGCAGGGCCCUGUCCAGCCUCAGGAAUCCCCGAGCAGCUUCGCUCCCAUCACUGAGUGUUGCCGAGGCUGGUUCGGGGGCCAGCGUGGCAGCUCUGGCUGUGACCAGGCGCCAGCCAUGUGCCUUGGGACAAAUCAGCGUGGGCCACGGGCUCUGCUCCGGGACGGCUGCCGGUCCCUCCUCACCCCCUCCCACCUUUCAGAU